AUGGGAGGUCCAUUCCAAAGAUAUGGGAAUGAAUCGGCUCAGAGAUCGGGUAAACAAGAGUACGAUGAUUUGUCGGAUAACGAAGGAUGGGAUGAUGAUGAUGACCUGGAGGUCGAUCGUGAAUGGUAUUUACAGGACGACGACGGUGGUGUGGCGGGGGACGCUGAUCACAAUCCGUUUGCACAGUAUGAAGAUAUGCACGGACAAGUUUCAAAUGUGCUUGCUAGACGUCAGCAACGUAUGACUGCGCGUCAAGCUCAAUACAAUGUAGAUUUGGACGCAUGGGAAAAGAGUCGUCUUCAAUCAGGUGGGGUUGGUGGCAGGCAAGCUGUCCGAGAUGAUCUUGACGAUCAUGAUGAAAAUCGCAUUCAUCUACUAGUGCAUAAUCUCCGACCACCGUUUUUGGAUGGUAAGACAGUCUAUACGAAACAGAUCGCACCGGUGAACCCGGUGAGGGAUCCAACGUCAGACCUUGCUGUAUUUGCAAUGAAGGGAAGUCGCCUCGUCAAAGAGCAUCGGGAGCAAGCUGAGCGAGCAAAAGCGGCGGGUCGCGUAGCUUCCCUCAAAGGCACACAGCUUGGUAACAUUAUGGGUGUUAAGGAUGAUGAUGAUGAAGACGUCAAAGACAAAAGCAAAAUUGAUCCAUCGCAAGACGAUGGCAAAGGUGAUUCAAAGUUUGCAUCCCAUCUUAAAAGAGGACGAGGCGCAAGUGCCUUCAGUCGAAACAAAAGUCUUCGCGAGCAAAGACAGUACCUUCCUGCAUUUGCGUGUCGUGAAGAAUUAAUGCGAGUGAUUGGCGAGAACCAAGUCGUGGUUGUUAUUGGCGAGACAGGUAGCGGGAAAACGACGCAGCUUUGUCAAUUUUUGCACGAAGACGGCUAUACAGAAUACGGUAUUGUUGGAUGCACACAACCUCGACGUGUGGCUGCUAUGAGUGUGGCCAAGCGCGUCAGUGAAGAAAUGGAAUGCCCGCUGGGUGGCACUGUGGGAUAUUCUAUUCGUUUUGAGGAUUGUACAUCGAAAGACACCAAGAUCAAAUACAUGACAGACGGUGUGAUGUUAAGAGAGUCCUUGACAGAACAUGAUCUGGACAGGUACUCUGCUAUUAUUCUUGACGAGGCUCACGAGAGAAGCCUCAGUACAGACGUACUCAUGGGUCUGUUGAAGAAAGUCCUGACGCGACGGCGCGACUUGAAACUAAUCGUGACAUCUGCUACGAUGAAUGCAGAAGGCUUUUCGAAGUUUUUUGGUUCGGUGCCAAUUUUCACAAUCCCCGGGCGAACGUUUCCAGUCGACGUGUUAUUUAGCAAGACGCCCUGUGAAGAUUACGUUGAGAGUACGGUGAAACAGAUAUUGACCAUUCAUCUUUCCCAAGGAAAAGGCGAUAUUCUAGCGUUCAUGACUGGUCAAGAAGACAUUGAGGUUACAUGUGAAGUGGCACUUGAGCGCCUGAGUCAGCUGGAAGGCGCUCAGCCUCUAUUGAUGCUGCCAAUUUAUUCACAAAUGCCGGCAGACCUCCAAGCACGGAUUUUCGAGCCAUCAGAAAAUGGCGAGAGGAAAUGUGUAGUUGCCACAAACAUUGCCGAGACGUCCUUGACCGUUGAUGGUAUAAUGUACGUGGUUGAUUCAGGAUUCAGUAAACUAAAAUUAUACAACCCGAAAGUGGGCAUGGAUUCACUCCAAAUCAUGCCUAUCAGUCAAGCUAAUGCAUCCCAGCGCUCAGGUCGCGCGGGACGCACUGGCUCAGGUAUUGCAUACCGUCUUUAUACGGAGGUGGCUUUCCACAAUGAAAUGUUUCCCAGCACGAUCCCUGAAAUCCAACGAACUAAUUUGGCAAACACUGUCCUACUUCUUAAGUCAUUAGGCGUCAAAAAUUUGCUCGAAUUUGACUUCAUGGACCCCCCGCCACAGGACAAUAUCAUCACGAGCAUGUAUCAGUUGUGGGUCCUUGGUGCGUUAGACAAUGUCGGCAACCUGACCCCGCUUGGUCACAAGAUGAGCGAAUUUCCUAUGGAGCCAAGCCUGGCGAAAAUUCUUAUUAUGAGCACCGAGUAUAAGUGCUCCGAAGAGAUGCUUACAAUCGUGAGUAUGUUGAGCGUUCCAACAGUUUUUUAUCGGCCUAAGGAGCGUCAGGAGGAGAGUGAUACAGCGAGAGAAAGAUUUUAUGUUGCAGAGAGUGAUCACUUGACGCUGUUGCAUGUUUACUCGCAAUGGCGAAACAAUGGUUUCCGCGACGGCUGGUGCAACAGGCAUUUCUUGCAUGCCAAAUUACUUCGCAAAGCGCGCGAAGUUCGCGCUCAGUUAGAGGACAUUCUUCGUGCUCAAAAGCUUCCUAUUGUGAGUUGCGGGACAGAUUGGGACGUGAUUCGCAAAUGCAUAACGUCGGGAUAUUUUCAUCAAGCAGCACGAGUCAAGGGCGUUGGAGAAUAUGUCAACUGUCGCACAGGAGUGCCUAUGCACUUGCAUCCGACUAGUGCAUUGUAUGGGCUGGGAUACACGCCAGAUUAUGUCGUAUACCAUGAGCUGACGCUCACUUCAAAAGAGUACAUGGGGAUUGUGACCGCUGUGGAUCCAUAUUGGCUUGCAGAACUCGGCGCCGUCUUUUAUUCUAUCCGAGAAACCAAUGCACUCGCAGCCUCUAGUCGUCGUGGUCGCGAUACACAGCUUAGUCGCCUUGUUGAAAUUGAGACUGAGUUUGAACGUGACAGACAGAGAGCUGCAGACGAAGAAGCUAAUGAGUUGAAACGAUUUAAGCGCAAUCCUGGUCCAUCGAUCCGCGGGUCCACUAAUCGAGAUGGGAUAGCUAUGCCCGGGAUUGGACCCCCACGCCGUGGUCGACGCCUGCCGUUUAACAAAAAGUAG